AUGGUUAAGGAAAAUGACUUCAAGAAGUGCCACCAGUCCGGCUUCUGCAAGCGCAACCGCGAGUACGCCGACAACGCCGUCUCCCAGGCCUCCACCUGGGCUGCCCCCUACAAUAUUCUCCCCGAAUCUACCUCCUUCAAAGACGGUCAGCUUCAAGCUGUUAUCCUCAAGACCAUCAACGAUGCCCAGGAAACCGUCCGCCUUCCCAUCACCGUCUCCUUCCUUGAGUCUGGCACCGCUCGCGUAAGCGUCGACGAAGAGAAGCGCCAGAAGGGCGAAAUCCAGUUGCGUAACGACAGCCCCGCCCGCAAGGAGCGUUACAACGAGGCCGAAAAGCACACCAUCGUCGGUGGCCUCAACCUAGAUAAGGACGCCAAGGUUGCCUACCAGGACAAGGACCAGAUCACUGUCCAGUACGGUCCCUCCUCCAAGUUCGAGGCUGUCAUCAAGUUCUCUCCCUUCAGCGUCGAUUUCAAGCGCGGUGGCUCUUCACACAUCAAGAUCAACGACCGCGGCUUGCUCAACAUGGAGCACUGGCGCCCCAAGGUCGAGAAGCCCGCCGAGGAGAAGAAGGAGGGCGAGGAGGAGAACACGGAGAAGUCCGACACCGCCGAGUCCACUGACGUCAAGAAGGAGGACGAGAGCACCUGGUGGGACGAGACUUUUGGUGGUAACACCGACUCCAAGCCCCGUGGCCCUGAGAGCGUCGCCCUCGACAUCUCCUUUGUCGGAUACGAGCACGUCUUCGGUAUUCCGGAGCACGCUGGCCCGCUGUCUCUGAAGGAGACCCGUGGCGGCGACGGCAAGUACACCGAACCUUACAGGCUCUACAACUCCGACGUCUUUGAGUACGUCCUUGACAGCCCGAUGACUCUUUACGGAGCCAUUCCCUUCAUGCAGGCGCACCGCAAGGACUCCACUGUCGGUGUCUUCUGGCUCAACGGCGCUGAGACAUGGAUCGAUAUCACCAAGGAGAAGAGCUCGUCCAACCCCUUGGCCCUUGGCGUUGGCUCCAGGACCAACACACAGACCCACUGGAUCUCCGAGUCUGGCAUUCUCGAUGUCUUCAUCUUCCUAGGCCCUUCCCCCAAGGACAUCUCCAAGAACUAUGGGGAGCUUACCGGUACCACUGCCAUGCCCCAGGAGUUCUCGCUCGGCUACCACCAGUGCCGCUGGAACUAUAUCUCUGAUGAUGAUGUCAAGGACGUUGAUCGCAAGUUUGAUAAGUUCAAGAUUCCUUACGACGUCAUUUGGCUCGAUAUUGAAUACACCGACGGCAAGAAGUACUUCACCUGGGAUGGCGACAUGUUCAAGGACCCUAUCGGCAUGGGCAAGGCCCUCGAUGAGCACGGGAGAAACCUCGUGGUCAUCAUCGAUCCCCACAUUAAGAACGAGGGGAAGUACGACAUUACGGAGCAGAUGAACUCCAAGGGCCUCGCUGUCCUGAACAAGGAGGGCAAGCCUUUCGAGGGUUGGUGCUGGCCUGGUUCGUCGCACUGGGUCGACUGCUUCAACCCUAAGGCAGUUGAGUGGUGGAGUGGUCUCUUCAACUACGACACUUUCAAGGGCACUAUGGAGAACACGUUUAUCUGGAACGACAUGAACGAGCCCUCCGUCUUCAACGGUCCCGAGGUUACGAUGCCCAAGGACAACAUUCACCAUGGAGGCUGGGAGCACCGUGAUGUACACAACAUCAACGGUAUGACCUUCCACAACGCCACCUUUGAGGCUCUCCUUACUCGUAAGAAGGGCGAGCUCCGCAGGCCUUUCGUCCUUACCCGCUCCUUCUACGCCGGCUCCCAGCGACUCGGCGCUAUGUGGACCGGAGAUAACCAGGCGUCGUGGGAGCACCUGGGCGCUGCCGUUCCCAUGGUCCUGAACCAGGGUAUCUCAGGCUUCCCCUUUGCUGGCGCCGACGUUGGCGGCUUCUUCGGUAACCCCGAACCAGAGCUUAUGGCCCGUUGGUACCAGGGUGGUGCCUUUUACCCCUUCUUCCGUGGCCACGCCCACAUUGAUGCCCGCCGCCGGGAGCCCUACAUGCUUGCAGAGCCGUUCAGGAGCAUCCUCACGGCUGCUAUCCGUCUCCGAUACAGCCUGAUGCCUUCGUGGUACACGGCCUUCUUCCACGCCCACAGAGACGGCAGCCCGAUCGUGCGCCCGAUGUUCUGGACCCACCCCAAUGAGGAAUCUGGGUUCGCCAUCGACGAUCAGCUGUUUGUUGGUUCGACCGGUCUGCUUCACAAGCCCGUUGUCGAGAAGGACAAGGAGUCUAUCGACAUUUUCAUCCCCGACGACGAGGUCUACUACGACUACUUUACCUACGAGAAGCUCCUUACCAAGAAGGGCCAGUACCUUACCAAGGACGUGGCUCUCGACCAGGUCGCGCUGCUCAUGCGUGGUGGUCACAUCUUCCCUCGCCGUGAUCGUCCUCGCCGUUCCACCAAGCUCAUGCGCUUUGACGACUACACGCUGGUCGUCAGUGUCAGCAAGGAUGGCAAGGCCGAGGGCGAGCUGUACGUCGACGACGGAGACUCUUUCGACCACGAGAAGGGCCAGUACAUCUACCGCAAGUUCAACCUUGCCGGCAGCACCCUCACGUCCUCCGACGCCGAGGGCCGCGACACCAAGUCGGUCAAGGCUGGUUCCUGGCUCAAGGCCAUGAAGGAGGUUUACGUCGACAAGAUCAUCAUUGUUGGCGCGCCGGCCGCUCUCAACAAGAAGGAGGUCACCGUCGAGUCGGCGGGCAAUACCUGGACUGUCCCCGUGCAGUACCACGCAGCCGAGAAGGGCAACGCCGCGUACGCUGUUGUGGGCAGAGUCGGUGCCCGCGUCGGAGACGACUGGAGCAUCAAGUUGGCUUAG